UAACGAGUUGAUAAUUUUUACCGUGGAACGAUACACAGUAGUUAUUUUGUAUUUUGAUAUUCUAGUGUUGAAAAGUGUUGCUAAUUUUCACUUCAAUCGACGCGUCGAUCGGUUUCUGAUGCGUCCCCGUCCAUCAGACGUUGCAAGACUGCCCGCAGCGAUCUAGCUGACACAAACCGUGUACAUAUUAACCAGCCGACUUCCUAUUUUGUGUGUUCAACUACUAUUGUUAAUUUGUUUUGUUUUAAAAAAUUUUUUUAAUUUUUAAUCGCUUACAAUAUAACUCUAAUGUUACCAAAACCGGUCUGUGGCGUUUCGACAUGGACGAGAUAUCGUUGCUGAAGAAACGCACUUCAACCGAAACCCACAACAUGACUCGCAACGAGGACUCCACUCAGCCAACGUCCAAGAUUAAGCGGUCUUUCUCCCUAAAGCGUGACCUCAUACGUAACAAACACGUUAAGCCAGGGGAUGUAGACGAGGCUAGGCUGAAACUGUCUAUGCUGAGGAAACCGUCAUCAUGGAACAAAGUACUUGGGAAGAUGUUACAUAAAUUAUCUUAUCUUGGCAUACAGCAGGACAAGGGUAAUUUGUGUUCCAAAUAUGAUGCUUAUGUUUCCCGAUCGUCGACAGACAUCUACCACGAUAACUCCUAUCAAACUCCAAAGAUUUUAAGUGGCGACAAGGUUCCGGGUGUGGUUGGUCUACGAAACCAGGGUAAUACAUGCUUUAUAAAUGCUGUAUUGCAGUGCUUAAGUCAUACAGAUGUUCUAGCCAGGUAUUUUGUAAUGGAUCAAUAUAAAAUGGACUUGAUUCGAAGGAAUAAGUUGAAUUCAAAAAAGUUUGGUACACGUGGUGAGAUGACUGAACAGCUGGCAUUAUUAUUGAAAUCCAUAUGGCUAUGUAAAUAUGAUCCAGACAUGUCAAAUCAAUUUAAGUCAAUUGUAGACAAAUAUGGUACUCAAUAUAGAGGCAAUAAUCAGCAUGAUGCACAAGAAUUCUUAUUAUGGCUAUUGGAUAAGGUUCAUGAAGAUUUAAAUACAGCCACAAAAAAAAAAUAUAAAACCAUUAGAAAUACCUUUGGAAGACCUGAUGAACAAGUAGCUGCUGAAACACUUGCAAAUCAUGUACGCUGUAAUGAAUCUUUUAUACAUGAUGUUUUUCAAGCACAAUUUAAAUCUUCUCUAACAUGUCCGCGCUGUAUGCGGCAGUCCAAUACAUUUGAUCCAUUUCUAUGUAUAUCCAUACCUGUACCACAAUGUUAUUCAAUGCCUAUUUUUGUUACUGUUAUUUAUACUUCACAACAGCCAAGAGAUGUUAAACUUGGAUUGUCUCUUCCAGUAGAUAGUAGUAUAGCUGAAUUUCGAGAGUUAUUAUGGUCAUAUACUGGUAUUUAUCAAGAACAUAUGUUAGUUACCGAAAUAACUGAUAUUGGUUUCAAUCGAACCUUUUGUGAUUCUAUGCCGGCAUCUAUGAUAAAAGAAUCAGAUUCUCUAUACUGUUUGGAACUUCCAAAAUUGAAUGAUUGCAGCAAUGAGAGUGGACCUUACUUAUUACUAUGUUGGGUUAAUAUUCUUGUAGUUGAAGAUCAGUGUUCAAGAUUUGGAAGUGCCUUUACUAUGCAAAUAUGCCGUGAAACAUCUUAUAAAGAUCUUCAAAAACUUUUACUCAAAGAGAUGGCUGUGAUGUUACAUGAUGAUAUAUUAACAACUGAACAAGAUAUACCAUUGUUUGGAAUAAGAUUAUCUGACGCAAGUGAAGUACCACAGUAUUUAGAUCCAACUGUAGAAUUACCUCUAUUUACUGAUCCAAUUGAUCAAGCAUUAGCUAUGUCUGGUGAUCAACCCCAUGUUAAAUUAAUUCUUGAAUGGAACCUCCAUGCAAAAGAAGCAACCAUUGCUGAUCAUUGUGAAGAAAUUGAAGAACAUGCUAGUGUGAAACAACUAAAAUUAAAUUCUGAAAAAGAGACUUCUAUUACACUUGAACAGUGUUUUGAUUUGUAUACUAAAGAAGAGGUACUAGGACCAGAAAACGCGUGGCAUUGUCCCCAGUGCAAUCUUAAACAAGAAGUGGUAAAAAAACUUGGAUUAUGGACUUUACCUGAUAUUUUAGUAGUACAUUUAAAACGAUUUCGACAAUCCCUUUCAUUACCAUCAUCUCGUUCACACAAUAGCAGGCAACCGACAAAACUCUCUGUUCUUGUAGAUUUUCCUUUAUUUAGUUUUGAUAUGACCCCACAUUUAGCUAUAGGUCGGGACGUAAGGGUACCAUUAAAGCCUCCAGCUUCUCGCCGAUUGUCUUCUAUACAGGAUCAUAACCUUUAUGAUCUAUAUGCUGUAUGUAAUCAUCAUGGAUCAGAUCCUCACAGUGGGCAUUAUACUGCAUUUUGCAAAAACCCAUACGAUAAACAAUGGUACAGCUUUGAUGACACCAAAGUUACUCCAAUACCUGAUACUUCUCUGGUCACAACAUCAGCAUAUAUGUUGUUUUAUCAAAGGCGUGAUAUGAUUCUCAACAGCACUGAUCAUUGGGCUACACGGUUACACGCACACAUAUCAAAUAGUCAUUCUGUUGGGCAAAUAGUUGAUAAAAUAGAGCACAAUAAUGAUGAUAUUGCAGAGUUAAGUGAUUCACCAUCCAGUCAUACUAUUUCUAGAUCGUCAACUGUAGAAAACGAUAUGGUGUUUUCUAGAUCUAACUCACCUAUGGUUAAUGGCAGAAGGCCAUCUGACCUUGAUCUUGAUGAUACAGACAAGAAUUUCAAGAAACUUUUACACAAUGCUAAAGAGUCAUGUAUUUAAAACUUAAGUUAUAUCAUUGUUAUAUGGUUGUUAUUUUUAAAAGAAUUUCAAACCGCCUACC